UACAAUUCCUUGAUCUUCUUCACAACUUAUACCUCAAAUGGAUAAUCACACCAAGAACAUAUCAAAUCUGUUAAUCUAUUUGUGUUUUACCACUCUUUUGAUAUUACUCCCCGUGGUUAUAUGCACUAGACAACACCGGUUUGAUAGCCCAAAACAUAGGAGCUUGUUGGCCAACGAGCGAGAUCUCGUGACAGAUUUGCCUGGACAGCCUGACGUGAGUUUUAAACAUUACGCCGGUUAUGUCCCUGUCGACGAAUCCAACGGAAGAGCUAUGUUUUAUUGGUUCUUUGAGGCCAUGGACCUUCCCAAAGAGAAACCUCUAGUUCUCUGGCUUAAUGGAGGUCCAGGUUGUUCUUCUGUGGGAUAUGGAGCAACACAAGAAAUUGGUCCUUUUCUCGUGGACACCAACGAAAACGGACUUAAAUUUAAUCCAUACGCAUGGAAUAAAGAGGCCAACAUGCUGUUUUUGGAAUCUCCGGUCGGUGUUGGCUUUUCGUAUUCAAACACAACUAGCGAUUAUCAAAAACUUGACGAUGACUUUACAGGCAGGUCCAUUAUCAUUAUAAUAAAUUUUAUAUAUCAUAUGAAAGUCUCUGUCCUUAGACGAAAGAAUAUAAUAUAUACAAGAGACGCAUACGCUUUUCUUUGCAACUGGUUCGAGAGGUUCCCGGAACACAAAGAAAAUACGUUCUACAUCGCAGGCGAAAGUUACGCAGGAAAAUACGUACCUGAGCUGGCAGAGGUCGUGUAUGAUAACAAUAACAAGAAGAAUGGUUCAUCGCUUAAUAUCAAUCUUAAGGGUAUUUUGUUGGGGAAUCCUGAGACAUCAGAUGCCGAUGAUUGGAGAGGUUGGGUGGAUUACGCAUGGAGCCACGCGGUGAUUUCGGAUGAGACCCAUAGGACCAUAACCAGGACUUGCAAUUUCAGCAGCGACAAUACUUGGAGCGACGAAGAGUGCUCUGGUGCCGUAGCAGAAGUUCAAAAGCAGUACGACGAGAUCGAUAUCUAUAGCCUCUAUACCUCUGUUUGUAUAGGAGAUUCUUCUGCGGGUUCCUCUUACUUGGACUCAACGAAAUUCAAAACAAAUUCUCACAUUAGCUCCAAGAGGGUGCCGCCAAGGCGCUUGGGUGGAUAUGACCCGUGUUUAGACGAUUACGCGAGAACGUUUUACAACAGAGCAGAUGUUCAGAAGUCUCUUCAUGCGAGUGAUGGAGUUAAUCUCAAGAACUGGAAGAUUUGCAACAUGGAGAUCUUUCAUAAUUGGACUUAUUUAAAGCCCUCGGUUUUGCCUAUAUACGAGAAACUUAUCGCUGGAGGAUUAAGAAUUUGGGUUUACAGUGGUGAUACAGACGGAAGAGUUCCAGUACUCGCAACUCGGUAUAGCUUAAGCGCACUCGAAUUACCCAUCAAAACAGCUUGGAGGCCAUGGUACCAUGAGAAACAGGUAAGUGGGUGGCUUCAAGAGUACGAAGGUCUAACGUUUGCUACGUUCAGAGGAGCUGGACAUGCGGUGCCUUGUUUCAAACCAAGCAGUUCUCUUGCAUUUUUCUCGGCCUUUCUCACCGGAAUUCCUCCGCCGCCGUCACGGUAGAGAAGCAAGUUAACGAUUAAAACUAUGAUUUACUAAAUCUAAAUGACUCUUUAAGUUUUCUGAAAGUUCGAAAGAUUUUGGGGUUUUGUUACGUUAACUUGUCAGACACGGGAUAGGGGAAAAAACGGGAUUGUAACUUGUAAGAGAGAAGUUGUUUUCUAUGUAUUUGAUCAUAAUGAUCAACGAAAAACUUUCACCACUUUACGAUUGUGUAAUCACUAAAGAAUAAAAAACUGUUUGGAGUACAAACAAUAUAAUAAGAUUAUAAUGAUCAAUGGAACACUUUAAGAUAACGGUCAAUUGAGAAAGAAA